CUUGGAAGUUGGAAUGGGUUGAUUGAUAGUAAAUGAGGCUAUCCCCAAACUAAAAAGGAAGAAACUUUUUGAUCAUUUGAUGUGCCCAUGAAAUCUCUUUCACUUCCUUCCCUUCCCUUCACAAGACUUUCUGCAAGUGAAAAGGGAACAAACACGAGAUGGGUAUCCUUCAAAACCUCAAAUUUGUCACCAAAGACUCCAACUUCAAGCAGAGUAUUGUGUCUGAGAGCUAAAAGCUAUGGUGGGGUUGGUGAUGGUGAUGCGGUCAUAAUUGUGGAUCAUGGGUCGCGUCGCAAAGAGUCCAAUCUUUUACUUAAUGAAUUUGUGGAGAUGUUUAAACAUAAAACUGGGUACGAGAUUGUGGAGCCUGCUCAUAUGGAAUUAGCAGAACCAUCAAUUAGAGAUGCCUUUCAAUCUUGUGUCGAACAAGGUGCACAACGUGUCGUUAUCAGCCCCUUUUUCCUCUCUCCCGGAAGGCAUUGGAAUCAGGAUAUUCCUUCGUUAAGUUCCGAGGCAGCAAAGGAGCACCCUGGCGUAUCAUACAUUGUAACCGCACCCCUUGGACUGCAUGAGCUACUGGUGGAUGUUAUGAAUGAUAGGAUCAAGCAUUGCUUGAAGCACAUAUCCGGAGAUGCCGAUGAGUGUUCUGUUUGUGCUGGGACUGGAAAAUGCAGACUUUAUAAUUCAUGAAACAAAGUUGAAAGUCAUGGGAAUUUUCAUUAACUGAGUUGCAACUCACCAAACUAUUCUGAAGCCAUGACUUCAAGGGAGCACAUGUAUAUGUUGUCAAUGGUCUGUUUCAGAAGAAUCAAGAUGGUUUUUUUAUGAUCAUGAUUCGAUAUGAUACCUUGAAAGUGAUUUGCUCAAUGAGUGACAAGCAUAUUCUUCUCUUAUAUCAUGAUGAUUCCCAAAGAUUAAAGUUCUGUUUGUUCACUGAAAAAUAAUUGCAAGCUUAUUAUAGAA